AUGACCCCGCAACAAUUCAUUGAGCAUGUACAGAUUCACUGGAGUCGGUACGGUUUCUUUCCACACCCUGCUGUACUGCGUGGCCUCUUCAGUUGGGACUUCGGAACGCGAGGGCUGUCAAUCAUGCAUUUCGUACGCGUGACUGAGAAGGCGAAACGAGAUGCUGUUCGACAAUUCUCGGCGGUAGUUGGAGCUGUCGAAGUGCUCGUCAAUGUGGCUAAUCAACUCUACCAACCCGUGGUGCAAGAUCUCUUCACUCAUGUCUUAAGGCUUUUGGUGGAACUACGCGUACGCGAAAUGCCGAAUACGAGCAGAGCCUUAACAGAAUUAGUCGGGUGGAUGGAUGAUCGAUUGGACUGA